UUUGUUGAAGUAUUCCCUGCAGUCAUGCCCAUCCUUAAAAAGCUCCCAGGAAGGUCCAAGAGCUGCACUGAGUUCCCCAGAGUGAAUGGAGAACUGAUCCUACCUCAACUCAGCUUGGACCUAAAGGACUUGAAUGACCUGAAUGAUCUGAAGGAGCUGAACGACCUGAAGGACAUGAACAAGAAUCUGAACCCUUUUGAGGAUGUGGACCUGGAUGAUGCUGAAAGGCAUGGAGCUGACACAGGCCUCAUKAUGGGGGAGGUCAGAAGGACCUUCUGUGAUGGAGAAGAAGAGGAGAAUGAGGUGAAUGCAGAGAGGCAUGGUGCAGGGAACCCCAAAGGGAAGCCACUCAGGGGGACUUUGGAGKGGAUCUGUGGAGUGUCACCCCUCAAAACCCUCGAAAAGCUGGGAAAGGGGCUUCGCAUAUCAGGAAGAAAUGUGUGGGGGAACACCUCACCCCACUACAGCUCUGGAGACUCAAACACACUCCCAGCAGAGAGGGAGAAAAGAAAAGGACUACGUAGGGGCUCAGAGGGGAUUAUGACCCUGCUUCGCUUCACAGGUCGACGUAAGGAGGAGCGCAGAGAAAGUUUGCCCUGUGGGGAGCUGAGCACAGAGUGUGAGCCCGAGGGGUCCAGAAGACCCUCCUUCUUAAAGAUAGUCAGUCUGGGCAAGCUGAAACGAGAGUCCAUGUCAGACAAGACAUCCCAAGAGGAUGACGAGGAAACGGUGGAGGAAGAACCAGUGGUCAAAACUCGAGAGCCCCUAUCAGUUUUAGAGAUCCUGCAGUUGGUCAACCACAGAGACCUUCUCCUGGCUGACACACACAUUCAGGAGCUGGAGCGAGAGUGUGAGCUUCUGUCUCUGCUGCCGAACCAAAGUACUCCUACCCUCACUCCUACACAAAGUCCCAGUACCCCAUUUGGUGGAAUUCCUUUAUCAUCUUCAUCCUUAGAUGAGGCCCUCAGCUCUAACGCAACCCUAGACUCAAGCAGAAGGAAGGCUAAAGARGUGGAACUGUUGUAUGAGGCCCUUCAGAAGGAGAUGUGGGACGUAGUGCGAGAAUCCCUCCGUCAGCCUAGCGCUGGUCCCAACCUUGGUCUGGUGGUGCUCGUAAUCCAACAGGAGGAGCAUGCUGAUGCUGCCUGGGCUCUAAGAGAGGAGACCAGGACAGAGUGCACCAGCUCUUACAUCCACCCCAGCCAGCGCCCUCGACGGUUGAAGAUGAAGUGGAGGCAAGCGGUGACAGAAGCUGCAGACUGGAGCUUGCCUCUUCAGGUGGACACCCAAGCAGGACAACUGGCCUUGUAUUUGGAGCGUCUUAGGAGCCGGAUGGUGGAUGAUCUMGAUGCAGCCAGAAGGAACGCAGUCUCCAUUUACCCAGAGGAGUUUGCAGCCUUCCAGGUUUAUGUAGAAAGCUACCAUCGAGCUGUAGCCAAACGCCUUCGGACCAUCACUAGUGGGCCYCUGCAGAUUACAGACGUCUACUCUCUGCUGGACUGGUUCUACAACAUCUACAACAGGGAUGUCCUGGGAACCAUCUGCACUACCACACCAAUAAACUAUGCUGCUCUGGAGCCCAUCCUCCCUCAGAAGACAGUMGACAGGCUAGAGGAGGACUGCAUUCAGAUAGUCAGGGAUAAAGUGACCACAGAACUGAUUCAGGUUCUGGAUGAGGAGGAGAGGCGAUGGGCCCAGACUCUGUACAUUGAAGAGUUUCAGUCACAACUAGCACGCUCAAUCAUCCAGAGGCUGAAGGUGGACUUGGACAGAUCAACAUCUGUGAGCCAGUUUCUGGGUGCAAGAGUGGCUCGCUGCAGUUUGAUUGGACUGGCCAACUUCUUGUACAGUUUCCAGAGGAAAGUUGAGAUGUUUCAUGAGACUCAGGCAGAGUUUGGAGACAGAGGAGAUGGAUAUGUGUCCAGGACCAUAGCUCUGGUCAACUGCUGCCCUCCGUUAAGGUCCUUUGUGGAGCGCUGCAGACAGUGUGACCCACAGGGAAGUGAGGAGUCAGCACAGAGAGCAAACUCUUCGCUGGACCGGAUCAUCAACCAGUCCGUCAGGGUGCUGACUGAGAGGCUGCUGGAGCACAUCAGGCCUUUCUUUGACAAACUGAUGAGGAGAAAAUGGUUGAACAACACAGAGUCAUUUGAAGCAAUUGAAGGAAGCAUCAAACAACAUUUUAGAAAGUUUAAAAGGAUGGAUCCUCCUCCAUACCAGGCGCUGGUGGGCGAGGUGCAUAGGCGGGUUCUGGUGGAGUAUGUGCGGGCCGUUAUGCGAGGACAGAUCAUUUGCACAUCGUCCAAGAUGAGGAAGAGGAUGGCUUUCCGCCUACAAGAUGAGGCCAAAGAGCUGAAAGGACUUUUUAAGGACCUGGAAUCAAGCGCCUCCUGGUUGGACAGCAUCAUCAGCCACAUCGCUGACAUCAUCCUGCUGGAGGACACACCCUCCAUCCAGAUGGAGGUGGCGGUCCUCGUCAAAGAGUUCCCAGAUAUAAGGAAGAAGCACGUCUCCGCCUUGCUCAACGUGCGAGGGAUGAUGCGGCAGGCGGAGCGGCAGGAGAUCCUUAACGUCGUCAAAGACUUUGAACGCAACGCUGCCCAUUUGGUCCAGAACAAUGCCUUUUUUUCUGACAUUCCCAUCACCUCAGAAAUGCACUGCAUCCGGCUGGGCUUCCUGCGCCUCGCCAUGAGCGUCUCCAACUGGUUCUCAGAGCACCGGCCGAGAAGGAAGCACCACGCGAGUGGCCGAAAUGCAAUGUGCCAACUACCUGGGAGUGUGGAAGACAUGAGCAAAGUCCACAGAGAAGAAUAGGACACUAUGUAGACGCACCUUCCUGUCAGUUUAACUUCACCUGAGGUACUGCUUGUACUCUGCACGCUCGAAAAGUGUUUUCUAUUUUCAGUCAUACUUUUUUUUUCAAACAAAUCUGAAGCAGACUGCACAUUUUAUCAUGGCACUGAUUUAAUUAUUUUCAAAUUAAUCUACACAUAUAGAGACGUAAUCAAACAGUAUAAAAUAUUAUCAGUAUGUUACUAGUUCAGUCCUUUUCACUUCUCUACAACUUUGUGGAACAGAUAUAUGAAGACACACUGACUGAUAGCUUACACUGACCAYCCACUUUAUUAUGUCCACCUGUUUAAUUACUACAAACAGCUAAUCAGCCGAGAGGUGUUGAAGACGAGUUGGUGAAGUUCAAAAUGAGCACCAGAACCAGAAAAAAAAAAAGAUUUGAGUGACUCUGAAUGUAGCCKGAUCAUCUGUGAGGAUUUUUACUAAACCAGCUUAAAGGUUUACAGAGAAUGGUCCAAAAAGAGAAAAUAUCCAGUGAGAGUUUCUGASGACCAACCAGCCUUGUUGAUGUCAGAGGAGAGCAGGCAGACCGGUUUGGAGCUGACAGAGGGAACAGCAGAUCUCCACUUGUUCCAAACAAAGGUCUGCAGAACCAUCUCUGGACCCACAACAGGUCCAGCCUUGAAGCAGACGGACCUGUUGUGGGUCUUCAGAACUACCACAGGUCCAGCCUUGAAGCAGACGGACCUGUUGUGGGUCUUCAGAACUACCACAGACUCCAGCAGCAGAAGACCACAUCAGCUGUUACUGCUGUCAGCUGAGAACAGGAAACUGAAGCUACAGUUCAUACAGACUCACCAACUCUGACAAAGAGACUGAAAAACCUGUUCUGCUCUGAUGAGUGUUUGUGGAACUGAUGGUUGAUCAUGAAACUACCUGUAGACCAGCAGGUUCUGAACAAUGAGUGGAUAUUAAUCUAAUCAUAUAUCUUCUGCUUUAUUGUACAUACUAAUCAAAGGUAUGUUUAAAACCCAUAACUCCACAGCCGGGUGAUCAGCCCCUGGUCUCAGCAACAUGUGGACUCUGAAACUGGGACCAGCUCUGCAUUAUACUGGAUCAGGUGUGCCACAAAGCCUGGUUGUAUUUCCUGUUUGUUUUUUUUACUGGAAUGUUCUUGUAGUUAAUGGAUGAAUACAUGAAUUAAAGUAUAUCUUGCUUUAUUCCUCACUUUGCUUGGCAGCACAGAAGUGAAAGCGAGGACUCUGAAAGGUGUUGCUCACACUGUGAAUGAAAUGGAUCCAUUGUUGGAAAGUUAAUAAAAGCCCACUGAGUGGGUAGGCUGAAUGAUU